CAUGUGCGGUGUGUUAGAGCAUCAAUUGCCAUCAGCAUAGGUAGAACAAAUACGUCAUUGACGACCUAUCGGCGGCGUCGUCGUCUCCUCCUCCGCCGAAGAAGAAUCCCGUGAUGGGGCAGGAAGGCAAGACGACGCCGGCGAGAGACCUCCCCGGCCCCGCCCGCUCCAGGCUUACCCGUCGCCGACAGAUCCGCAAGACGUUCAACAACCUUAAGAUCACCGUCCUCUGCGGUGUCGUCACCAUUCUCGUCCUCCGCGGCACCGUUGGCAUCGGGAGCCUCAUCGGCGCCGGCGGAGGCUCUGAGGCCUCCGAAGGCUCCGACAAGAAGGUUGUCGAGGACAUCGACCGCAUCCUUCGCGAGAUCCGUUCGGACUCCGACCCGGACGAGGGCGACCAGAUCCCGUUCGGAUUUAAUUCCGCUGCCGCCGCUCUCAACUAUACCUCUUCCGACGUCCUCGCCGCCGUUGCCAACUACACCCUCGGCUCCAAGAUCUCCGACUGGGACGAGCAGCGGCGGCGGUGGCUGACCGAGAACCCAGGGUUCCCGAACCGGAUCGCUACCGGCAAGCCGAGAACCUUACUUGUCACUGGAUCGCCGCCCAACCCCUGCGACAACGCCAUUGGCGACCAUUACCUUCUGAAGGGCACCAAGAACAAGAUCGAUUAUUGCCGCAUCCAUGGGAUCGAGAUCGUCUACAAUAUGGCGCAUCUAGACCAGGAGCUCGCAGGGUACUGGGCGAAGCUCCCGCUGAUCCGCCGUCUGAUGCUCGCGCACCCGGAGUUGGAGUGGAUCUGGUGGAUGGACAGCGACGCUCUCUUUACCGACAUGGCCUUCGAGAUUCCUCUCGACCGAUAUGCUUCUCACAAUCUCGUUAUCCAUGGCUAUCCCGAUCUCCUCUUUGAGAAAAAUUCCUGGAUUGCCCUCAACACCGGCAGCUUUCUGCUGCGCAAUUGCCAGUGGAGUCUCGAUUUGCUUGAUGCGUGGGCGCCGAUGGGGCCAAAAGGCCCGAUUCGAGAUGAAGCCGGAAAGAUACUGACUGCCAAACUGCAGGGUCGGCCGGCGUUCGAGGCCGACGAUCAAUCGGCGCUCAUUUACUUACUGCUAUCGCAGAAGAAUCGGUGGGUAGACAAGGUUUACAUCGAAAACUCCUAUUACCUUCAUGGAUUCUGGACUGGAUUGGUGGAGAAAUUUGAGGAAAUGAUGGAGAAGCAUCAUCCCGGACUAGGGGACGAGAGGUGGCCAUUCGUCACUCAUUUUGUUGGCUGCAAGCCUUGUGGUAGCUAUGGUGACUACCCUGUGGAGAGAUGCUUGAAAAACAUGGAGAGAGCUUUCAAUUUUGCAGAUAACCAAGUGCUCAGAAUGUAUGGGUUUUCUCAUGGAAACCUGACCACCCACAAGAUUAAGAGGACUAAGAAGCAGACAGAAAAGCCAUUGGAAUUCUUGAAUCAGCUUAAUCCUGAAGCUAAGAUAGAAACCAAAGGGUGAGACAGACAGGCCAUCUAUGGGACUAAUGGACUAUUGUUCUACAAAAUCUCAGGUCUGCCAUGUUUUUUCUGGUUCCAUUUGAUGUUGUAGCUUCUUCUUGUAGCCUGAGUUCCAGCCUUAGAUCAGAUUUUUCUGCAUCUUAAGGUAAAUUGAACUUUUAAAAUUCGAGUUUAUUUAGAGUUUUUAUCAAGGGAAGGAAGGUUUCUUUUGUAAUACCUCAAUAUGUUUUAUUUUACAUCCUGUAAUGAUGAUGAACAUGUUUCAAUGACAA